CUCAACCUCCCUUUUAAUCUCCUCACGCUUUUCAUUAUUUCUCUCUCUGGGGUCUCGUAAACCCUAACAACAGAGAAAAAGGGUGAUAUCCUUGGAGGUGUGCGGCCACUUAUUUUAUUUUAUUUAUUUAAGGUCUUAAUUUUUUUUCCUAACACCGACAUCGUCAGUUCCAGUGAGGUUAUUGGAGACGGAAGUUUGAGAUGGCUGCUAUUUUAACUGCAUCUUCUGGUCCAAGCUAUGCUCCAGAAGACCCUAGCCUCCCCAAACCUUGGAAAGGCCUUGUUGAUGGUACAACGGGAUAUAUCUACUUCUGGAAUCCAGAGACCAAUGAUACCCAAUAUGAGAGGCCUGUUCCCUCUUCCAAUGGAGUGUCUGCUCCAGCACAUAAGUCAGCUGUAUUUGUAAAUUCAUCCAUUCAAAAGCCUUCUCAAGGUCAACAACAUUAUGAUCCAGACGGUAGGCAUAGCAGAGGUAGCAAUAACAAGGUUACAUCCCUGAAGGGAGAUCAGAAUGCGAGAAGCAGUUCUGAUCAUUCUUGUGAUCCUGAAGGAUAUGAUUCUCUAGGUGUAGGAACUGACAUAUCUCAGGAAUCCUAUUGCCGCCACAAUGAAAUCUCUGUUACGGGAGGUGAUGUUCCUGCGCCUUUGACAUCAUUUGAAGCGACUGGGUUUCCUUCAGAGAUUGUGAGGGAGAUGCAUCAAGCUGGGUUUGCUGCUCCUACUCCAAUUCAGGCACAAUCUUGGCCUAUUGCCCUUCAGGGCCGUGACAUAGUAGCUAUUGCAAAGACUGGGUCUGGGAAAACUCUUGGUUACUUGAUUCCUGGCUUUAUUCAUCUAAAAAAUCGCCGCAGUAAUCCUCAAUUAGGCCCAACUAUUUUGGUACUCUCACCAACAAGAGAGUUAGCCACGCAGAUACAAGCUGAAGCUGUGAAGUUUGGGAAAUCCUCUAGGAUAUCUUGCACGUGCCUGUAUGGAGGUGCUCCAAAAGGUCCUCAACUCCGAGAGCUGAGUAGGGGUGUAGAUAUUGUUGUUGCCACUCCUGGUCGUUUGAACGACAUAUUGGAAAUGAGAAGACUUAGUCUUGGUCAAGUUUCUUACCUCGUGUUAGAUGAAGCAGAUCGUAUGCUGGACAUGGGAUUUGAACCUCAGAUAAGGAAGAUUGUGAAGGAGGUGCCUAUGCAGAGGCAGACAUUGAUGUAUACAGCUACAUGGCCGAAGGGGGUCCGUAAGAUUGCAGCUGAUCUAUUGGUUAAUUCAGUUCAGGUUAAUAUUGGUAAUGUUGACGAGCUUGUUGCAAACAAGUCUAUAACACAGCACAUUGAAGUCUUGUCUCCGAUGGAGAAACAACGGCGACUAGAACAAAUUUUGAGAUCCAAAGAACCAGGGUCAAAGAUCAUUAUUUUCUGUUCAACAAAGAAAAUGUGUGACCAACUAUCUCGCAAUCUUACUCGCCACUUUGGAGCAGCUGCAAUUCAUGGGGAUAAAUCUCAGGGUGAGAGGGAUUAUGUAUUAAGUCAGUUUCGCACUGGCAGGUCUCCUGUGCUUGUGGCUACUGAUGUUGCUGCGCGGGGUUUAGACAUCAAAGAUAUCAGGGUGGUGGUAAACUUUGACUUUCCAACUGGAAUAGAGGAUUAUGUCCACAGAAUUGGUAGGACAGGUCGGGCAGGGGCAUCUGGUCUGGCCUAUACAUUUUUCUCCGAUCAGGAUGCUAAGCAUGCGUUAGAUCUUGUUAAAGUUUUAGAAGGUGCAAAUCAAUCUGUGCCAACUGAACUGCGUGAUAUGGUUUCACGAGGUGGUGGUAUGGGAAAGGCUAGGCAUCAGUGGGGUUCAGGUGGACGUGGCGGGCGCUUUAAUGGAAGCUAUGUUAGUCGGAAUGGAGGAAGGGGAGGUUGGAAUAAUUCAUCAUCAGAAAGAGGUGGAGGACGUGGUUAUGAUCGUGGAUCACGUGAUAGUGACAGAUAUGGUCAUGGUACCCUCGAUGUGGAUGCAUCACGGAAACGUAGUCACAGCAGAAGCCCCAAUAAGGGUUCAGGAUGGAGUGAUAAAAAGAGCCGGUUUACCUGAUGAUUUGAUCAGGCUCUCCGUGUAAUACGAUUUGCAAAUGGAUGCUUGCUUAUAAGAGGAGGAAGAGGGCAUGCAUGAUUCGUUAGGAUAUUGUGUACUUCAAAGUAAACUAAAGGAGUAAUGUUUUAUCAUAAUUAUCCAUGAAAUUUGUCCAUUUGGCUCUUAGUGCCUGCUGGCCGUACCCAAUCUGACGUUGAACCAUCAAUAGGACUUCAUAUCUAUCUAAUAUUUUUUUUUUGUUCUGAACAUGUUAAAGAGUGUGUAUGUGUUCUUGGAAGAAAUAUAGCACAAUCAAAUGUGGAAUGUUA